AUGCUCUGUCCUAUUAGAAUAUAUGGCCAGCUAGUAGCUUUGAAAGUCAUCACCCUGAAGACUGAGGAAGGAGUCCCUUUUACAACCAUAAGAGAAGCAUCUCUCCUCAAGAGCUUGAAGCCUACCAAUAUUGUGCUCUUUCAUGACAUCAUCCAGACCAAAGAGACCCUGACAUUAGUUUUUUAGUAUGUACGCACAGACUUGGCACAGUACAUGUCCCAGCACCUGGGGGGGGGAAGUCCUAUUUCCCUUUGCCAGCUCUUUAUGUUCCAACUUCUGUGAGCCUUGGCUUACAUCCAUAAAUGCCACAUCCUCCAUCGGGACCUGAAACCUCAGAACCUGCGCCUCAGUUGCCUCCGAGGGCAGCACCUAUCCUCUGACUUUGGUCUUGCUUGUGCUAAUUCCCUCCCCAGUCAAAUGUGCUUUGAGGUGAUGGCACUGGGGUACCACCCUCCGGAUGUGCUGAUGGGAGCCACUGACUCUUCUUCUGAUGUGGGUAUCUGGGGUGCAGGCUGCAUGUUAGUUGAGAUGCUUCCGUGUGAGCUGCUGUUUCCAGGGAUUUGCAACACCUUUGAACAGCUGGAGAAGAUCUGGUUGGUACUGAGAGUCCCAACAGAGGAAACUUGGCCAGGAGUUUCCAAGCUUCGCCUCUAUAAGCCAGAGAGGUUCUUUGCCAGCAGGCCUCAGAGGCUCCAAAUGAUCUGUGACAGGCUGAGCAGGGAAUCUGAUGCUGAAGACUUGGCAACAAGAAUGUUAAAACUUUGUCCACAGGAUAGAAUCACUGCACAGGAGGCACUUGUUCAUUUCUUUUUCAGCCCUUUGCCCUCUCAGCUGUACCAGGUUUCUGAUGCACAGUCCAUCUUCAUAGUCCAUGGAGUGAAGCUGAAACCAGAAAUGUGUGGCCUCUUUGCUCCAUAUGAGAAGGGUCAUCACAAAAUCAGCUCUAGCACAUUUUGGUGA